AUGACGUCUCCACCUCCCAAGCACAUCGCCCUGGGGUCCCCGCGCAAACGGUCGGAGAGUGUUGCGUCUCCAAACCGGAUGCACCCCUCGGAGACAGGACAAGGACAACCCAGGGAUCGAGCGCAGUCGAACACAGAUAUUCAGCAGCCAGGCACUGGCUUCGACCCCGCCGAGCGUGUGUUUCCGAUUCGGUCGGUUGUUUCGGUCGACCCUACUAUCACCCCCCAGUAUUCGGGUUCAGCGCACUCCCGGGACGCGGUAUCGCCAACCCGAGAAGGAGCGCGACAAUAUCCAUUCAUCGAUGAACGGACAUGGAGCCAACUACACACGCAGGUUUCUUCCGACCACCUCCAUCACCUCGAUCCCGAGCACGCCGAAGCUACCGUCCCCACCGACAUUCCACGCCACGAGACACAUGUUAUAGAUGAUAAAACAGAACUUGCGACACAUUCUUUGGCAUCGGAUGUUAUUCAACACCCCGAGAUUUACGCCAAAGCUGCUCCAAGCGACAACCAGUCUGGACGCGGGUCCACCACGCACCCAUCCUCUCAUACUCAGCGCGGGAACGCUGAAGACCACGGUCAUGUUACUGCCCGCUUUAAACAUGUACUGACGGAUAGUGGUCAUGCCGUCAUCACAGGACGAGAUGGAGAAGCAUUUCAAUACUGCGAGGACGAGCCCAUUCGUAUUCCCGGCGCGAUUCAGAGUUUUGGUUUAAUGAUUGCCCUCCGUGAAGAGUCGCCCGAUCAGCUCGUAGUGCGAAUUGUGAGUGAGAACUCUGCUGAAUUCUUGGGAUAUUCGCCCAAGCAACUGUUCGAGUUGGAAAACUUCUGUGAUAUCUUGAGCGAGGAACAGGCGGAAAAUCUCCUAGAUCACAUUGACUUUGUUCGUGAUGAUGCACACGAUCCGUCUGUUGACGGACCGGACGUUUUCAAUAUUUCUAUCCGCACAGCUGGUGGGGAGCGCCGCAAAUUCUGGUGCGCCACCCAUGUCUCUCAGACACAAAAGGAUAUGAUUAUCUGCGAGUUUGAGCUCGAGGAUGACCGAGUGAACCCGUUGAAUGUUGAGGGUCUUGAGACUCCGGCAGUUCCAACAGACACCCUAGGUAUUGUUCCAACGGCAGAUCAACUCGCUGGGAGCACAAUCAAUAUCAGCCAGCCUCUUCGCGUUCUUAGGAGUGCCCGCCGAAGGAAGGGCGAGGCAUCUUCGAUGGAAGCCUUUAGUAUCUUAACUCAGAUACAAGAGCAGUUGGGGCGGACGAAUGAUCUGGAUCAGCUGCUUAAUACAACCGCGGGAUUGGUUAAGGAGCUGACCGGCUUUCACCGAGUCUUGAUCUAUCAGUUCGAUAGCAGCUGGAACGGCAUGGUAGUUGCCGAAUUAGUUGAUCCUAACGCUACUAUCGAUCUCUACAAGGGUCUUCAUUUCCCUGCAUCUGAUAUCCCCGCGCAAGCCCGUGAACUAUACAAAAUCAAUAAGGUCCGGCUCUUGUACGAUCGCGACCAGGUCACUUCUCGCCUUGUGUGUCGGACCUUGGAAGAUCUCGAAUCCCCAUUGGAUAUGACUCACGCCUACCUUCGCGCGAUGUCUCCAAUUCAUGUGAAAUAUUUGGCACACAUGAAAGUCAGGUCUUCAAUGUCAAUAAGCGUUAACGCUUUCAACGAUCUCUGGGGGUUGAUCUCCUGCCACAGCUACGGAACUGCUGGUAUGCGCGUGUCAUUCCCGAUACGCAAAAUGUGCCGGCUCCUCGGCGAUACUGUAUCGCGCAACAUCGAGCGGCUUUCAUAUGCCUCUCGCCUUCAAGCCCGAAAACUAAUAAACACUGUCCCAACCGAGGCCAACCCAUCAGGGUACAUCAUUGCAUCCUCGGAUGAUCUUCUACAACUAUUUGAUGCGGACUACGGCGUCUUGUCGAUUCGCGAUGAAACAAAAAUCCUCGGUGACAACAAUAACUCUCAGGAGGUGCUUGCAUUGAUAGAGUUCCUUCGGGUACGUCAGUUGGAUGCAGUACUUGCCUCGCACGAUAUCGUCAAGGAUUUCCCCGAUUUGCAUUACGCCCCCGGAUUGAAGGCAAUCUCCGGUCUGCUAUAUGUCCCGCUCUCUACCGGUGGUAGUGACUUCAUCGCGUUCUUCCGCCGUGGACACCUCACCGAGAUCAAGUGGGCUGGCAACCCUUAUGAAAUUGAAAAGCGAAAACAAACUGCGGGAUAUCUAGAGCCCCGUGAAAGUUUCACAGCCUGGCGUGAGACGGUUCUAUCACAAAGUAGAGAGUGGACAGAGACGGACGUGGAGACGGCGGCGGUCUUGUGUUUGGUUUAUGGUAAAUUUAUCAAAGUUUGGAGACAGAAGGAGGCCGCCAUGCAGACCUCGCAACUUACCAGACUACUUCUGGCCAACUCUGCGCAUGAAGUUCGGACCCCUUUGAAUGCCAUUGUUAACUAUUUGGAGAUCGCACUUGAGGGUGCCCUGGACGAUGAAACCAGAGAAAGCUUGACAAAAUCUCAUUCGGCUUCCAAAUCACUAAUUUACGUGAUCAAUGAUCUCCUUGACUUGACAAAUACCGAAAAAGGUCAGGAUCUCAUUAAAGACGAGAGCUUCGACCUGGAAUCAACCUUGAGAGAAGCGGCUGAUAUGCUGUCUGGCGACGCCAAGCGGAAAAACAUCUCAUACACUGUUUCAGUACGUCCGGGUAUUCCCCAGUCAGUUGUUGGCGACCAGCGUCGCGUACGGCAAGUCCUCUCAAACGUGAUCUCAAACGCCAUUCAGCACACCAAAUCUGGUGCCGUGACAACAGAAAUGUAUCGAUCUUCGACUCAACCCGUUCCAGGCCAUGUGGGAGUGGAGAUUGUUGUCGUUGAUACGGGGGUGGGCAUGUCGCACGACAAAUUGAAGACGCUCUUCAACGAGCUUGAACAAGUGUCGACCGAUGAUACUUACUACCCCGAAGAAGAAGAGAACUCACAGAACACACCCCAAAAACGUGUGUUGGGUCUUGGUCUUGCUCUCGCAGCAAGGAUCGUCCACAACAUGCAGGGUCAGCUUGCUGUCAGAUCCGAAGAAGGGAAGGGGAGUCAUUUCAAGAUUAUAUUACAAUUCAGAUUGCCAGAGGGGACAGCCGUGGAUGAAGAUACAGAUGAAAUUACUCCUAAAAACGCUGUCGUUCCUACGCCUUUGCUUUCAGAAAAGGAGUUUACGCUAGUUCCCGGAGCACACGAGUCUUCUGAUACCAGACGACGAAGUACGGAAAGCCUUCGCAGUGGUGGCAGUUCCCGCAGUGGACACAGUGGGCGCAGUGGAAAAAGUCACGCUGAUCGACUCAUCAGUGCCAUGCAAGAACCUCCCCUCAAGAGAAGCAAUAGCCAAGAUUUGGAUCUGAGACGAUUGAACUUCUCGUCGAGCCCUGCCGGCGCCAGCGGCAAUCAUUCUAUCCUCUGUCGCGUAUACCCCGCCGAUGACACUACAGCCACUUGUGACUCUCCCCCUCCUCCAGGUAUGGAGAAUAUCACGGAUUCAGGAGUGCCGAUGAGUGCUCUGCGAAUGUCACAACAUUCCGCCAGUCUCAGAUCACCACAAAUCGAGCCUAUUAAGGAAGAUAGCUCUUAUUUCCCGAGAGUUUCAUCAAUCACAGAAACGUCGGAGGCUCCCUCCUCUGGGCCAGCAUCCUCUGCCGUACCAACCACCGCACCUUCAACAACAGACUACGACCCACUCAAUGUUCUUGUCGCCGAGGACGAUCCAAUCAAUAGCAAGAUCAUACAUAAGCGACUGACCAAACUUGGCCACACCGUCAAGUUGACCAGCAAUGGUGAAGCAUGUACAAUUGCUUUUGCCUCAGCCACUAAAUAUUUUGAUGUUGUGCUGAUGGAUAUUCAGAUGCCGAUCCUCGAUGGAAUGGCAGCCACCCGGGCGAUUCGCGAGUUUGAAUCCAAGACACCCAAGGAAGCGCUCUCCGAUAAAGCUUUACGCAAUGACCGAGUGCCUAUCUUUGCUGUCUCCGCAUCUUUAGUUGAGAAGGAUCUGGAAACCUACAUCCAUACUGGAUUUGAUGGCUGGGUCAUGAAGCCUAUCAACUUUGCUCGUUUGAAUGUUCUAUUGAGCGGUCUCUGCAAUCCGUCCGCCCGACAAGCAGCUACAUACACGCCUGAUGGAGAAUGGGAAAAUGGUGGAUGGUUCAACACUAAGUAA